AGAAGAGCAAAAAAGAGGAAGAACCACCUCAAAGUAGUAGACUUGAAGCCCUGGGCUCAGGUCAUAAUACUGUAACCUGUCUCUUGUGACUGAGAUAAUCACUGGUUAGAGGUGUGGAGGCGUGGAGGCGUGGUUCAAAUCCCUACGUUUCUUCCUAUACCACAAGCAAGGAACUCACCAUCAAGUACGAAGCACAAGAAACCCCUCCGUCAUCGCAUGCUGUAAGGUCCCUGCUCAGAAGACUUCAACAAGAUUUAAGGAAAGGAGAGGAGGAAGAGAGGGUAUGUUGACAGCUAAAUGAACCCAGAGAGCUACAGAAAAGGGAAUUGGAAGUCAGAUUCUUCUCACUCCACUGUUUCCUGUCUGAGAAUAUGAUCUUGAAGAGCUGGUGAUUUUUCUCCCCCUUUAUGGUAACCCUUGUCUGGUGCAAAGAAUCCAUUCCUGAACAGGACACAGCAAGAUGGACGUCAAGAAGAAAGAGAUGGAUCUGCUCAGCAACAGCAUUGCUGCUUACGCUCACAUUAAAGAGAAUCCAGAAAGCAUUGGACUCUAUUUUGUCAUCGGGGUGUGCUUCGGCUUGAUUUUAACCCUUUGCCUGCUUGUGAUCCGGAUCUCCUGUAAGCCACGGACCAAGCCACGGGCCGAGCCAGUCCCGGCGAAGAAAGCUCUGAGGGACUUCAGCGAGGAAGAGGAGGACGACGAGAGCGAGGAAGACGAGACUGACGCUCCCAACCCCACCACUGAGAUCACCAUGGGCAACCACAGCCAGUCGGACGGGACGCUGAGCAUGAAUGUGUUCACGUCGGCCGAGGAGCUCGAGAGAGCCCAGCGGCUGGAGGAGAGGGAGCGCAUCAUCAGGGAGAUCUGGAGGAAUGGGCAGCCCGAUAUCCUGGGCACUGGCACGGGCACCGUGGGCAGGGUGCAGUACUAUUAACUCCUCAAUUAGCCUUCACUUGAUUUUGCACUGCCUUUAGGCUUAGUGAAGGAGCUGAUUUAAAGUGUCAUUUUUUGUGAGAGUUGUUUGUCAGAAACUAGGAUCCAAAGUUGGCUUGUUAGUACGAAGUUCCAUGCCAAAUAAUCGACAAUAUUGAACGCCUUGAAUUUCUGCCUUCAAAUGGAAAGCACAUCAUACUUUUCUAUUGUUUUGUUGCAUUUUUCUGUAAGCCUGGCCCAUGUUAAGUGCCUCAACGUCAACAUCACGUGCAAUAAGUACAACACUCUUGUAAUCACAUUGGAAAGGAAUGUAUUUUAACAGCUAUUUUUUGUAUUUUAUAUGAAGUUCAAAGCACGGUUAUAUCAGGGCUACUACAGCAGAAUAUAAAAAAAUGUUUCUGCGCCUCAUCCUACAGGUGCCCAUUUCUCCUGAUAAGGUUUCAGAUUCUUCUGGUGGAUACUUUUCUCUUUGUUUCAGAUAAGCAAAUAACUCACAAGCAUCACAAUGGAAUCCCAGACAAAGGGUUCUGAUAGAACCCCCAGUGUUUACGAAAGGUGCAGGGCAAUAGACAAUAGACCUUUUUCAGUGUUCCCAGGGUUGACUGUGAGGAUGGCUUUAUUUUGUUUUGGAAGUGCAAUGAUAAUAUCUCAGUUCAUCAGCACUGUAACAGACAGUCAGGCUUCAAAUAAACAAUCCGUUUCCAUGAGCCGUGGGGCUUCUGUUCAAACAAACACCAGCUGGGACUUUUAAACUCAACAGACAUUCACCCAGAUGAUAUUUCAAUGUGUAUGCCACAAAAGAAAACAUUGCUUGGUCUGCGUAGGACUGGAAUGAGAUGGAACUUUAUAUUAUUCAAGGGCUUACUACAGAAAAAAAAUAACUUUCUCAAGACUAGAGGGUAUUAUUAGAUACUUCUUGUGUGUCUCUGUAAUCCUUACAGAAGCUUGCUGCCUUUCACACACAAAUUCAAAAAUGUUUUCCCGAGUGGCGUAGUCGUGUUUUUGGCUACAGCUUUAUUGACCAGUCUGAUUCUGUUGUUGGAAGAGCCCAGCUGCACAGUCUGUUGUUAUCCCAUUAGGUUGUAUGUUAAGUAUAACAUAUAGUUUAGGGGUGACCAGUAAGUGGCUGAUAUCUUUACAUAUCACAAUGAAGUAGCUGUAACAUUAAACGUCUGACAUGAGGUUCAAUAUCUUAGAACAGAUCUAAAUGUUGCCAUAGUUUAAAAUCACUAAAUAAUGGAACCUUCCUGGAUCAGACACUUGCUUUAACUGGGUUUCAAUUGCUCUUAAACGUGGCAGAUAUGAAUACGCCACUGUCUAAACCUUCAACCGUUUAAAUGUUGUAACUUUAAUUACAAAUAUACUCUAAAGAGACUCACAUACAAAGUCCCCACAGUUUUGACCAAUUGAACAGACCCCACUGUUAGUGUUCAUAAUCUUGGCACACAAAGGGCCUUAUUUGAGCAUAUCAUUAAUAAAGAUACAACCCAAAACUUGAAAUCUGGUCCGAGAUCCUAAAUAAUUGUAUUGAAUUGCAUGCAUUGCCUCAGGCCCACUGCGGACCAAUCCAGCCAGUAAUCCCCGGUAAUUUGUUCUUAUUGCUUAAUAAUUCCCUGACCAAUAAAUGGUAUUGUUCUGUUUUACGUUUCACGAGGGGCUGACUUCAACAUCAAAUUCAUUCCAGAUUUUAGGUGACUAAUUGUUUUUAUUACAUUGUUUGAUUCAAUGAUUCAAGCUUUUUGUGGUUGCAACAAGAAAGAGAUUUUAUUUAGUUGGUAUUGAAAAAAUGGAAAAGAAAACCACAGCAUGGAUCCUAAAAUGUUUUGCAGUCAGGCAAUUCUAACAAUCCCUAAACUAGCAAAUACCAGGGGAGACCAUUGCACCUACUGCUUUCAUGACAUUCAGAAUUAUGAUAUGCAUCCGUGUUCAAAGUAAACUGCUGUUAUGAGAGAAGCUAACACAUAGAUAUACAGUAGAUGAGCUUCACUGCUAUACAUUAUUGUAGGUGGUAUUUUAAUGAUUAAAUAUGCCUCCUGUUGACAUAAUUAGAGAAACCACAACAAUUUUGUUCAAAAAACGCCUAUACUAAUAAAUUAAGUACUAUACAAGUACUAAGUGGUAAAAUAGCAAUACCUGUGUACAUACAAGUACUAUUGUUUAAAUAUACUUCUAUCUCUCUCAAUGUUUAUCACUAAACUGGUUACAUUCCUUGUGUGUUAUUGGCAGUCCUGCUAAUUCAACGAUGACAGCAUCAUCAGCCCCAGAGGUUUGGGAGGGUAGGGGAUGGAGGUCACACUGUAUGUCAUUUGAAUCAAUAUUCUACAGCAUACAGUAAGCUUUUGUGCAUUUUAUCUGUGCCUUACAAUAUGCCAUUAUUAUGCAGCUAAGAUACUGUACCAUCAUGGGACAAUUAAUAAAGCAUACUGGUAUGCAGGUUGGAGUAAUGUACUAAAAUCAAAAUGUAUUUUCUACUGCACAUUUUUCAACAUCAUGUUGAGCUUGUUGCUUGCAAAUACAGUUGUUAAUUGUUUUCUCAUCUCCUGCAGUUGAAAACAAAAGCAGGGUAGUAUUUAAAAUGAAACAAGCAGCUAUUAAAUAAAACAUCUGUCAAAUUGUAUUACUGAAGUUUCUUUUCAGUACCUUGCUACCCUUAUGACUGAGGGUUUGAAGCUAUAAAUAAACAAAUUAGGAAACUGUUAAAAAUAUUACUAAUAAAGUUAUUUGCAUGUCCUACAUUUAGGAUCCCUGUCAAACCUCAUAAAAGCAAUACUGUACAGAGCAUGUUUUGUAUGUAAUUGUUUCAUUACUAACUCUAGGCAUGAAAGUUUUCAGAAUUCUUCACAAAGCACAAUUAAUACAAAGCAAAGCUGUGUUGGUAAAAGACGCUAUGCUCAAUCAAUAGCUAGAAAGAGUCAGUGAUGUUUUUUUUAUAUAGCUUUUGGGGUGCUAUCAUGAUGUACAAUGUAUGUCAUGCAACUGUGAAAAUAAAUUGUACUGUUGCCCUCCAGUUCUGCUGACAUUCAGUGUAGAGUUCUAGAUUUUAAUGAGAAAUAAUUAGUCUUAAGACUGCUCAAAAUCAUCCAUUGGGCGGAAUAUAGUUUGCAUAAUCAGUGUGUGACAGAGAAAGAGUGAAUUAGCAGUGACAUAUUACUGGCACUGUGAUCUGAAUAUAUCGAAAUACACAUUCUUCACUCAGCAUACACAUGUUUUGCAUUCCCUAAAAGAAACGUCUUAAUGAAAAGAAGCUCUCUAAUAGUUUUUUUAGCAGUCUAAGGACACACUGAUGGAAAGCACAGUAGCCUGUUUCUUGUAAGCACAGUUAUUUUCCAGUGCUUAAAUUCAGAAACUUAUCUGUAAUAACUGCACAUGUUAACUUUCUAGGAUCAUAAUUUAUAAAAGGUUGCGUCAUGCAACACUUUUUACCUAAGAGAUGUAAAUAUUUAUAGAAAUGUGUAUUAUCAUCAGUAUUACUACCUUUCUAGAUUAUGUAUCGUGGUUCUUGAAUAUUACAGUAAAUCAAGUAUGAACUUUUUUUAUUCCAAAUAAAGAGAAACUUUGUAAAGCC